AUGAUUCUUAAACUAUUAAAGAAUAGAUUAAAAACGAAUCCGCUAACUACUCAAAUGAUGAUUGCUGGUAAGGUUUUCUAAUGGAAAUUGUUGAGAAUGAUAAUUUUUGAGGUACAAUCAGUGGUUCUGGAGAUUGUGUUGCUCAAUAUUGGACCGGAAAUAAAACUUGGGACAAAGUGAGGACAGCUAGAUUUGCAUUUUUGGCUUCAUGUUUUAUGGUGAGUCGGGUUUGCCAGAUAUGAUUAGACAAAACAUGGUUUCAGCAAGUUAAGGAAACAUAAAAAUUAAUAUUUUCACAAUUGGCAGUGAAAGAGGGAAAUCUCUCAAAAAUUAUUAAAAAAAAUUAAAAACUUAUUCAACCUACCAUCGAUUAGUCACUUAAAAAUAUCUUAAAAUCUAAAGAAAUUUUUAGCUAAAGUUAUUGAUUUCUCAAAAAACAGAAUUGAAAAAAAACACAAACGCGCAAAAAAAAUUAAAUGAAAUAGAAAGCAAAAAAGACGCCUACAAAAAACCUACAAAAUAAAUCCGGCGUGUGCGAUAGAGCGAGAUCAGCCGCUCCCCUUCCCUUUUCUUGCCCUAAUAAAAAAAAAACAAUAUGCAACAGUGAAUACAAUAUCUUCUGUUCUCUAUCUCUCUCUUCUUGCACGGUGUUUCUUCUGUGUGCGUGUUUUUUCAGAGAAAAACUACAAGUAAAGCAUUCUAGAAAUGAACAUUUCCAGAUAAUUUCUUUUCCCGUUUUUUUUUAGAAUAUUUCAAUUUUAAUACUAGAACAAUAUUUGUAAAAAAAACCUGUGAACAAUAAAAAAAUAAUUCUUGAUAAAUGAAACAACAAAAUAAUAUUUCAGGUGCCAACUGUCAAUGUCUGGUAUAAACUUCUGGACAAACUUCAAGGAUCAACAAAGCUUGGACUUGUUGUAAAACGAGUGAUGAUUGAUCAACUAUGUUUUAGUCCGGUUUUCAAUGCAGCAAUGCUAUUCAACUUAAGAUUUUUGCAAUUUCAAUCUGCUGAAAAAUCGAUCGAAAUGUUGAAAGAAGAUUGGUUCAAUAUUUGGACUAGUAGUUUAAAGGUUUUUUUGAAAGUUUGGUUUCUCCGUUAAAUUGUAUGAUUUUUAGGUUUGGCCAACAGUUGCGCUUAUUAAUUUUUAUUUUAUGCCAAUUCAAUAUAGAAUUACUAUAAAUCAGGUAUUAUUUCAUUUUAAAAAUUUCAUAAUAACAUAUUUCGUUUUUUCAGAUAGUGUCAUUCUUCUGGAAUUCGUAUCUUUCAUAUUCAACUCAAAAACCAAUCGACCACAUUGAACAAUUUUAUUGA